AGCAUAAUCCUCGUUACACAGGAUUUUACCUCUUUUUUAAUUUUAAUUUUAAAGUCAACAAACCAACCAAUAUUUGUAAUUUUUGAGGACGAAACGGCAGCGGCUUCUCUCUUGAAUCUAGUUUCGCGGCAGGCAGCAGCCGCAGCUUUCUGAUGCAAAGGCAGUGAUACGCCUAGUUUCUACUCUGUUCUGUAAUUAAAGUUUCCUUCCUUGGACAAAAAUGGUACAAGGCCUUUCAGUAGGCACGCUAACAAUCUCUGGAAAUGGCGCGUUUCAUGGGUCAACUUCUUCAUGGCGAAGACAUUUCAAACUAGUGAAGAAAACCUAUUUGGGGAUUGAUGGGCAAUGCCUUUGGGAGCAAUGUGUUCAAAACUUACACCUGAGGGGUAAGCCCAAUAGACUAAGACAGAGAAAUUUGAGGGUUGAAGCUGGGUGGCUCUUUAAAGGUGGUGACCAAGGGUUGGAUUCAAGCUCAGAGCGUAGUGAGGCUGCUAAUGAGGAUAUACUGAUUUUCUUUUUUCAGCUAGACUUGGCAACUCGAGUACAGUGCGCUUUAAACAUGGAGCAGUAUGAUGUUGCACAACAGUUGAGAAACAAACUUACCGAGGUUGAGACAGAAAUAAACAGGCAAAAGGAGGCAAAAAGGGGAUUAUCCUCAAAGAAUGAAGCUCAAGAUAAGGCUAUAAGUGUUAUAAGAUUGCGUGCAGAUUUGCAGAGUGCCAUUCAGAGUGAAAAUUAUGCUUUAGCGGCUGAACUGCGGGAUCAAAUUUCCAAAUUAGAGGCAGAGUCUCUGGCUGCAUCAGCAAAAGCUCUGGUGUUUGAAACUGCACAAUAUGCAUUUCGUUUAGGGCAGAAAGUGAAGCAUAAAAUUUUUGGCUAUCAAGCUGUAAUUUGUGGAAUGGAUCCAGUGUGCUGUGAAUCUAGUUCAUGGAUGGAUACUGCACAAGUCGACAAGUUGCCUCGAGGUUCUAAUCAGCCAUUUUAUCAGGCCUUGGUUGACAUGCAUGCAGAUCCCAAUCUACUAGUGGCAUAUGUUCCUGAGGAUAAUUUGAUAGCCCCUGAACAGCCAGACACGGGAAGGUUCGAUCAUCCAUAUGUUUCCUUUUUAUUUUAUGGGAUGGAUACAGCUGGGGAUUUCAUCCCAAUCAAGCAGCUGCGUGAGAAGUAUAACAGGCCACGUCAUGAAGUGCCCAUGGAUCCAGAAGAUGAGGAGCCGAAGUGACAUGCUCGUGAGCUUUGAAGAAUCUGAGCUCAAAACAUGAUACUAAGUACUGUUUUCAAUCUUUAUUAGUAGUCCUCAUCCGUACCCUGUAGUUUGUAUAUGAUCAUGAUUCUUUUGUAUCUUUUAUAUAUAUAUAUAUAUAUAUAUAUAUAUAUAUAUAUA